AAAUAUGCCUCAAUGACCACCUUAUCCUGCAACCCCUUAAUUACUUCAUAAUCGUUAAGCAAACAAUCAAGGCAUUAUCCUAAACCUUAGGCGCAAGUUAGUUUAAUUUGGGUCCUUAUAAUAGCCAUUAAUGGCGUUUUCAAUUGUCCUGUAGAAUCCAAGUUAAUAAUACUUACAGAGAGAGACCCAGUAUUCAAUGAUGUACCAAGCUAGAACAAGGAAAAGGGUUUUUGGUAUCCAAAUACAUCGUGGUCCUGAUGGCAGUGCUUUUCAAAAAUGUGAAACGUGUGGUAUCUCAGUGGCUAUUGCGUUGGCUGACAUGCAUGAAUGUGAACCCAGAAAGGAUGUAAAGAAAUUGAAAUGCCAACCCAGGAGCAGAAACAUUGUUAAGGAGAAGACCCUUAUUCACCAACCCAGAUCGGCUUUUCGAAUUUUCAUGGAGGAUUUUGUGAAGAAAAACAUUGACGGAAAUGAGUUUGAAGUAGAUAACAGAGGUUUUGAGACAUGGAAAAACAUGACACGUAAGGAGAAGAUUUUGUACUUCAUGAAAGCCGAGACAAUUAAUCUUGCACAUGUGAAACUUUUGCACAGAGAGGAGAAUGAUAUGCCAUGGAGGGUGGAUGAUGAGGCAGAUUCAGCUGAUGUUGGCAAGUAUGAUGAGAAUUAUGAAGACUAUGAUUAUUAUGAUUCUGAAUCUUCUUGGGAUUUGAUUGAUUUUAGCCUGAGGUAGACAAGAGCUUUGACACCAGUGAGAGGGAGGGUUUGUUCCCGUGUAAAAUCUUGAGGAUUGAACAUCAUUUUGAUUUUUGAGGUGGUUCCAUGCUUUGGACUAAUGGAACCUUUAUGUCAAUGGCUGGCAUCUGUUUUUGUGCAUCCUACCUUAUUGAAGGCAACUCAGGUUGGUUGGCUACUGCGCGUAGUAUUUGUUACUAUAGGAGUUAGGAUAUUGAACAUCUAGAUACGCGUUCUUAGACAAUCCCACUAGAUAAUCUUCAGUGAUACAUUUCUUGAGAUCAGCCAGGAACCUUGUAUAGGAUGGUUUUUUGUGAAGGUUCUUGUUUGAUUUGUUGGCUUCCUACAGGGCCUUUGUGUACAGUCUCAUGAAAUGAAAAGGGGUGAUAUUUGCCCCGCUAUUUAUGGGAAUAGUU